AGAUUUGGACCUCAAAAAAAGCGUCUGGUCACUGGUGAGGGUUGAGAGAUCCUCAUUCCUCAAAACCCUUUGCUCUUUUCUUCUUAUUUCUAACCCUAAUAAACCUUUUCCUGUAGAGGAUUCCAGUCAAGGGCACAGUCUCUUAUUCUUUCCAUCUUUAUUCCAUGAAUCUUUGAUUGUAACCGUUAUUCUAGCAGAUACCCACUACUGGUUUUGCAAAUUUCCUUGGUGGGUAUCUCUUAUUUCGAUCUGAAUUGAAGUAUUGAAGAAGAUAGAUCAGUUUCUCUCUCUCUCUCUCUCUCUCUCUCUUGAAGAAACUUGUUGGGUUCAGUGGUUGAAAGGAUGGUGGGAGCUGUGUCCAUUGUGGGUUCGGCAGUUGUCGACUCGCAUACCUGCCCAUGUCUCUGUUUGGAUGCUCUUUCAUUAUCUAGUAUGAAUUUUAAGAGUACAAGUGAUCUUGGGUUGUCUAGAAAUUUAAUGGUUAGGAAACAAUUGAAAAGGAAUGGAGCGUUGGAACUAAGCAGCUCAUUUGUGGAUGCUUGGCAUGAGUGGCGUCUCUCAGCGAAAGUACUUUCAGGAUUUGUGAAUGGCCAGCAUUCAAGGAAACAGAACAAGGGCCGGAGUCUUGUUAUCGUUGAUGAACUUGCAGGACAAUAUGAAGAUAGCUUUGAGGAUGUUAAAACGCAAAUACUCAACUAUUUUACAUUCAAAGCUGUAAGGACUGUUCUUACCCAGCUUUACGAGAUGAAUCCGACAGAUUACCGGUGGUUUUAUGAUUUUGUAGCAACAAAUCAACCAGGAGAUGGAAAGCGUUUCAUUCGUACCCUUGGGAAGGAGAAGCAAGAUCUUGCUGAAAGAGUGAUGGUAACUCGGCUUCACCUUUAUGGUAAAUGGAUACAGAAAUGUGAUCAUGCUGCAAUAUAUCAAGAAAUUUCUGAUCAGAAUUUGGAGUUGAUGCGUGAGCGACUCAUCGAAACUGUUAUAUGGCCAUCUGACGACUCAAACACAGAAAAGAUUGGCUGAUGGGUUAACCCUUGAUCAUGGCUUUGAUGAACUGUUCUUGAUUGGUUGUUUUUAAUGUAUCAACAUAUCCUUUCUCUAUGUUCGACCAGUUAGGUCCCUAAAGGCUUCCAUGCAUUUAAAUUUUUUUUUCCACAACCAAAAGAAAUGUUGUAAUCUGUACUCUUGCAUGUGUAUAUACAUAUUGAUAGCAAUUCAGUUUGGAAUUCA